AUGAUCAACAUCUUUAUAAGCUUGAUCAACUGCUAUUGGAUCCACAAUCCAAAUUCAUAUAAGAUUGGAAAUCUAGGUGAAGAUACGAUUUUCUUCGAACCGCCAAAGCUAGGAGAGGAUACCUAUGUUGCUUUUUUGAAUCCGGAGAAUUUUUCGACAAAUACAGCAACGCAUCUAGAACCUGUAUAUAAAAAUAUUUGCAGUAUCACGAUUAAAUCCUCCUCAAAGAAUGCUACCUUAUAUUUCUCAUUCAUAAAAAUUGAUAAGGGAUUUUGUGGAACAGUUGAUUUCUAUUAUUCAUUAGGUGAUAGAUAUGAUAUAUUGCAGGUUUCGAAAUAUGCAAAUGCUUGUAUAAUUUAUCCAACCUGGGAAGGUAUUGAUUUCAAUUUCUUUAAGAAAGAUCCAUUUGGAACAUCAGAAUUUUUUGAUUCUGAUUCUUCCCAGCGCUCACCUUAUUUUGCAUUUAAUCUUAUUCAUAAGUUCGAAAGAAAUAGAACUAUUAAUAGCGAUUAUUUCCACCGUUUUGGAAAAUUUGAGAUGAGAAGUCCAGUUGUUAUUAAUAACUUCCAUGUAUGGCACAAUGAAAAAGAUAAACCAUAUUUGGGACUCUCUGAUACUUCCUAUAAUGUUGGUGCAACAGUUUGUCCCAGUCGUAAUUCCAGAAGUCUGCACAAACAUAAUGGAAACUCAGGCAAAAGGAAAAGAAUAACAACAAAAUAA